AUGUUAUUCUGCUGUUGCUGCGUCCUCAACACAUCCCAUAUCUCCCUGAUCUCCGAGUUGAGAUUCUCCAGGCUCUGCAUAAUCUCCGAAGACUCCUGGUACUUUUCGCAACCUCUAGCGAACUCGUUCGCGGCAAACUCGGUACUGCUGAUGCCUGAACUCGCGCUGUGCGAAGACAAAUCGCUAAGCGUCGCGUCUUCGGCCCUCUGCUCGCUUUGCAGGUUCGCCCUUUGGAGAGAUUGUUCGAGAUGGCGGAGACGUAUCACUUUUUCGCCCAAGAGACUGCGCGUCCGAUGCAGGUUCACCUCCAUGUCGGUCAGCUCCUUCUCCUCCUGCAAGUGGAAAGGACGAUGCUAA